AUGUCUCGCGUUAUCGUUGGCUGGUUUGUUGGUGGAGAAAAGAAUACUGGGAUGAACAAGGGCCAGAUGAGACAAGGGAAAAAAGGAAAAGAGUAUGCUGGGUGGGGUCAAUCCAUGGCUCUUGCUUUCUGCUCUGGACGAAGCAAGGAGACGUGCGAGGGGAAGGCACGACUAGGAUUUGCACCACUAAUAAGCAAGAUUGAUGCACUAAAGACGCAAAAUGCCAGAAGCGAGCCUAGAAAAGACAAGAGCGGAUGGGGCCGUGCUCUUUCCCAACGGCCGCCCUCAACGGCUAUCCCCACAGUACGAGCACAGUAA